AUGGCGAAAGUUCCCUAUGCUAAUGCAGUUGGAAGCUUGAUGUAUGCAAUGAUGUGUACAAAACCAGAUGUUUCACAUGCCGUUGGUAUUGUGAGCAGAUACAUGCAUGAUCCAGGCAAGGGUCAUUGGCAAACUUUGAAAUGGAUUCUGUGGUAUAUCAAAGAUACUGUAGAUAUUAGUUUACGGUUUGAGCAGGAUAAAUCACUUGGUCAUUUUGCAGUUGGAUAUUGUGAUUCCGACUAUGCUGGUGAUUUGGAUAAGCGAAGAUCUACUACUGGCUAUUUGUUCACUUUAGCAAGUGCGCCAGUUAGUUGGAAGUCUACUUUGCAGUCAACGAUAGCUUUGUCUACGACAGAGGCAGAGUACAUGGCCAUUACUGAAGCUGUGAAGGAGGCAAUUUGGCUUCAUGGGUUGCGGAAAGAAUUGUGUGUUGGUCAGAAACAACUUGAAGUAUAUUCUGAUAAUAUGUUGACCAAGGUGGUGACGAGAACCAAGUUUGAACAUUGUUUGGACAUGGUUAAUAUUCUGCGAACUGGAGCUGGCGCUUGA